AAUUCGCGCUAAAUCAAGGAAAACAGAGAGGAAUAUAUAUGAAGGCCCGCGCGGCUCCCUCCGUCGUUCAGUUCCAUUUCGGUGAUGGCAGAUGAUGAUGAGUCGCCAAAGGAAGAAGGUCUCUUCCCGCGCGCCGCGCCCAAGCGCGAGCCCUCAAUCUCCUCCUCCUCCGCCUCCCCGUCUCCUCCUCCAAGCCCUAAUCUCCGCUCUCCAAUCUCCUCUGUGUCCGAAGCCACCACUCUUGAAACGAUUGCGUGCACUGUUGAUGUGCUUCUCCUUGAGAACGCCGGACAGCUCUUGCCUUGUCAAUGUUUUACCUCAGCAGGAUAUAUGUAAGCUGUCCGAAAUCCUAUACGAGGAACUUUGUGAAAGGUCUCAACAACUAUUCUCUGCUUUGCAAGAAAUUUCCACCGGUCAGAAGCAUGCAAGGACACUAUCAUCCUCCAAGUUGUGGAAUAACGUGGAAGAGCCAACCUUGCUGUUAAGGUGCUGUUUGUCAGUAUUAACUCUGCUCAGCUUCGACCAAAAUCUGAUCCUUGAGAAAGCACGGGUUCUCCUUUCAAUGCUCAGCAAGUUAAUUUCUUUUACUUCAAGUGGAAAUGAUGAGGACACUUCUAUUUCCUUUAAGAGGUUCCAUCGGGAAUGCAAUUACUCUGAAAAUGGUUACACUACUUCGGUUGCAGAGGACCUUGUUGCAUCAUUACAUUUUCUUCAACCUUCAGAUCCACGCAGAUCACUCAUAAGUGCGCUUCUAGAGGUUUUUGCAGAUGAACUCCUGUUAGAAGAAUCGCUGAGGGGUCUCUUUGUUUCUGUCGAUUCUGCUUUCUGCCCUGAUGAAAAUCUAUUUAUGCGAAACGGUAAUCAUCAUAAUGUUGGAGUCGUGCUAGAACUGAUGGCAGCUCAUCUUAUGCUGCUGGAUUCUAACGAGGGAGCAAUUGAAUCUAUUUUGAACAGAAUAGAUGGGCACCAUUGGAAGGAACACGAAAUUCCUGAACUUAGUUUCACUGCGGCCUUGGCAUUGCUUGUGAACCCUAUUGCGUCUUUUGUGCCAAAGAUGCUUCAGGCACAUAUAGUUCUGCUAGUUUCUGAAGUUAUGGAUACUCGCAUGUUCUCUUUAAGAACAGGGCCAGAUCUUACAGAGAUGGACCUCUAUCUGAAAGCAUUUGAAAGGUCUGUCAAUUUGUACAAGAUGCAUAUGUGUAACUUUCGUGUAGGUCGUUAUGCUCCGAGUGUUGAAGAACCAUUCCCUUCAUGUAUGCUUGGGAGAAGUCAGCCAUCCUUUCAAUCUUGUAUUAAGCAAGUGACUAAGGAGAAACUCGAUCUUUUUGUUGCAAAAUUAGAAAAUUCAUGGAACUCUUACAGGCAGAACAUGAUUUUGGAAAGCAAAACAGACAUGUUAUCUGCAUCUAUAGCACAUGUCAAGCAAAUAUGCAAUGUUGUGAAUUGCUCGGACAUAGAUGAGAUCUUAUCAGUCUUAGAGUGCGUGAUUUUAAAAGCAUAUAAUCAUGACCCUAGUCAUAGCGUCCCUCACAAAAACGGGGGAGUGAGUUUUCAGGACGUCUAUCUCCUUUCAUCCAUUCUGAAUUUGAUGAGCAAUUCCAUGUUCCAAGUAAUAAGGCUCUUCAGGAAUAAUGGGUACACAAGUUGUCUGCACACCUCACAGGAUGUUUCUUUCCAGAGGCAGCACAAUUUCUUGCUUGAGAUGGUUCGCUGCUUUCAACAAUUUGGUGUUCAUUUACCAGUUCAAUGUUUCUUAUUCGAGAGGAUGAAAGUGCACAAUUUGAGGCAUGAAGAGUGUACAGGGAUACUUUUUCAUUUUCUGGGACUGCUAUCAUUAUGCUUCGACACAAGGUUUGACUUUUUAGUUAAGGCUUGCUUGUCUAUGAUCAUGGUGCUUUUGAAUCUGAUUAUUUUGGAAGAAGGGGAUUUAGUUGCGGUAAGGUCGUUACUGGCUCUAGAAGGAGAAUCUUCGUAUCAUGGAUUUUUCUCUAAAGAAGAGAUCCCUGCAGUUGACAAUUCUACUCAAAAAGUUGCGUCCACAUUUCAGAAAAUUCAGAGACAGUGUCUGAGGAUGGUUCCUACCAGUUGCUUAAGCAGUAACAUCCAAGAAGUGCAGGGCGAUACUUCUAAUAAUGCCUUGGGAGCGAAUCAUGCAGAGUCUUUUUGUGUGGAAGAGAGUACAGAAGAAACCUGCAAUGGGGAAAUCUUUCUCAAGUGUCUCCUUGAAGGCUCAAAGAAGUCAUGUGAUUAUGGUGAUCUAGUAGAUUUCAUUGAGCUCAAGAAAGGGAAGGAUUACAUCGGCUGGUUGAGGAAUAGGGUGAAAUACCGAAGAAGGAAAAGCGAGCGGAUGGCCGUCUUGAGGUGGAAGAAAAAGAAAAUGACUUGGAGAAUGACAAAAGGUAAGAAAAGCUAAGCUGGUGUUCAGUGUUGUGUCGGUCACCAUUCUUUUUUUGGGGGAGAGAAACAGCAAACUCUUCUUUUUGUGUUUACAUGACGUGUUAUUUAUUGCCCUGAGCAGUCUCCCAGAAUGAUGUACAUAAUAGUCACUGUGUUAGGAUCCUGGAACAAGCGGCGUGUCAAGUAUUUAAUCCGCUUGUUUGUAGCAUAUUACAGUGUAUUUGUAUUUGUUCUAGUGUUAGUCUUCAAUUGUCUAAAUAUAGUAUCAAAAUUUGUCGAGCAUGGAUCAAGCUUAGUGUAUGGCUAAAUCAGACUUGGAUUGUUUCUA